UAAUUCCAAAUAUCCCCUUCUCCACCAACCUCCCAUCUUCCUCCCUCCCCCCAUGAAUCAACCCCCAAUUUCGUUAAAUUCCAACUAUAAAUACCUACCUGACUACCUCAUAUUAAUCUGAGACGGUACUUAAAGGCUUAUGAGCUCCCUCUCUCCCUCCCUCUCUCCCUGCAACUUCGCUAUGUCUCCAAGCGAGCUCACUUCAAAUGGGAGUUCCAGUGGGACAUUCGUGCAUCCAGAGAAUGGUUUUAAGGAUCCACUUUCUUCCUUGGAUUCAGAAAAAGUAAUGAUGGAAUUCCUUCAACAGUCAUCUGUCAAGGGAAUUGAUGACCACCUUUUUGAGUUCUCCGAGGCUUUGAGAACUGUUGCAAAGGCAUUAAGACGGGUAGCAGAAGGAAAAGCUUCUGCUCAAGCUGAGGCAGCUGAAUGGAAGCGUAAAUAUGAAUUAGAGAGGACAAGGAAUCUUAGUAAGGAAUUCAGAGAACUUUCAUUUGGAGAUCAUCAUGAUACUGAGAGUGAUAGGACAAAUAAUGAAAAGUUUUGUGGGAAACAUGGAAUCUGCUCCCAACAUAUUCUUAGGGAUGGAGAAAUAGAUUUUGAUUCAAAGGUGUUUCACAAUAAAAUCAUGAGAAAGGCAUCUUUUAGACUUUCUUGGGGAUGCAAUGGUGAGAAAAAUGGCCAGCACAAGCAUGACAUUGUCUCUUUUGAAAGAGGGAAUAUAACAACUGCAGAGCGAAGCAGUAAACAGAUUUCCUUGAGGUGGGAAUCGCCUCCACAGAAAGUGCUUAUUUUGACCAAGCCAAAUUCAAUCUCUGUUCAAGUUCUUUGUGCAGAAAUGGUCAGAUGGCUGAAACAUCAGAAGAACAUAGAUGUUUUAGUGGAACCACGAGUGAGAAAUGAACUUCUAUUAGACGAUUCCUCCUACAGUUUUGUACAGACAUGGGAAAAUGAUGAGGAAAUACUACAUCUACACACAAAAGUUGAUCUUGUUGUAACUCUUGGUGGGGAUGGAACUGUUCUUUGGGCUGCAUCAAUAUUCAAAGGGCCAGUUCCUCCUCUUGUCCCAUUUUCCCUAGGGUCUUUGGGCUUUAUGACUCCAUUCCAAAGUGAACAUUACCAGGAGUACCUUGAUGCAAUAAUAAAGGGACCAAUUAGCAUCACUUUACGCCACCGAUUGCAGUGUCAUGUUAUCCGAGAUGCUGCCAAAGAUGAAUUGGAGACUGAGGAACCUAUUCUUGCCUUGAAUGAGGUUACAAUUGACCGUGGGAUUUCAUCCUAUCUCACAAACCUGGAAUGCUAUUGUGACAACUCCUUUGUAACAUGUGUGCAAGGGGACGGGUUGAUCUUAUCAACAACAUCUGGAAGUACUGCAUACUCAUUGGCAGCUGGUGGAUCAAUGGUACACCCACAGGUUCCUGGAAUCCUCUUUACCCCAAUUUGUCCACAUUCAUUGUCCUUUAGGCCUCUCAUAUUACCAGAGAAUGUAACAGUGCGAGUGCAAGUACCAUUCAACAGUAGGGGACAUGCCUGGGUAUCAUUUGAUGGCAAGGACAGAAAACAGUUGGCAGCUGGAGAUGCGCUUGUCUGCAGCAUGGCACCUUGGCCUGUGCCGACGGCAUGCCAGGUUAAUUCCACCCAUGAUUUCUUGCGCAGCAUACACGAGGACCUCCACUGGAAUUUGAGAAAGACCCAGUCAUUCGAUGGUCCCAAGGAGUUAUCAUAAUUCGUAACUGCUAAUACAUCAUGCAUGCAUACACAAGAUACACAUAUAGAAAUGCAUAUAUUGAGAUUGAGAUAAUGUCGGUGAGUGAGGGAGGUUUCAUUAGAGUAUCAUUUUCACAUUCUUUGUGGAUGAAUGUCUCUGUCUUGUGGUACCAGGAGAGGUAAUUUAAAAUCUUCUCUGGUUAAAUCUAUUUGUAGAGUAAUUGUAUGUAGGAGUAGGUCAAAGAAAACAGUAUAACACUUUCUCUUAACCUCCAACCCAAGACACUGGAGAGGUUGGGGUGCAGAGAUGAGAUUGUAUGAUUCCAUCGUCGGUUCAGUCACCUUUUCUGUGGCUAAUAUCUUUGUAUUAGGUCAGUGUUUACUAGUUUAGACAGUUGUAGUUUGUAAACGGCAAGUAGAUCUGAACUAGUUACAUGACAAAAUGUAUUUAUAACCAUACAACAUAUUAAGGCCAUUGGCAUCCAUUGUAUUCAGUCAAUUAUUCUUAUUUCUUAUCAAAUGUGCCUUUUGUGGUGCACUGACAGUUUCUGGGUAUGCUGAAAUUGAAAGCCAGUUCAGACU